AUGAGCGUUGAAGAGCGCGAGAGCCUGUUUUCGCUGACAGUAGCUAUCCUCUCGGCAAACUUCCCAGAUACAUACAGCGCCGAUGUUGGCCAUCAGGUAGCCUCCUGGACCAAAUGCGAGAGGAGCUUACCGCAUAUUGAAAGCAUGGUGAGGAAGAGCAAGGAAUUCAGAAUCUUUGAGAACGAGAGCCAAUCAUUUGCAGAGCUUCUUCUUCGCUGUUCUUGGUAUCUUUACGAGAGAGAGAACUAUAGUAUUGCUCGGUCAUACAUUGAUGUAGCCCUGCAGAAGUUUUCCGACAAGAGUUCCCUUGCGCACGCAAGUGCAAUUGAUCUUCGAGGUUUGAUAGACCUCGAUAUCCGUCACCCUGCAGCUGCUUUAGAGGCAUUCGAAAAAGCAUACGCCAUACGCACAGCAGUUCUUCCCAGCGGCGACGCCUUUUUGGCCGCCAACCAGGUCAAUAUAGGACUUGCUUUCACAGAAAUGGGAGAGCUUGAGAAGGCCCGGGACUAUCUUCAGCAGUCAAUUGACAUUCGCCUAAUGCACAACAGCGACAGGAUCGGAAAUUCAUACAGCAACAUGGCCAGCUUGUUACUGAGAAUGGGGAAGCCAGAUGAGGCAGAAGCGAUGCUGAAGAGCUGUCCAUCUUUGAAAAACUUUUCGGAUGAGGCCUUUCUCAAAACUGGAAACCCGCGGUUCUCUGGGAUUAGGCUUGUACAAGGGCGCUUUGAGGAAGCGUUACAAUUCGCCUCUAAAGCCUUGGGCUUUCGAAGGCAAUGCUUGGGCGAGCGCAUCAAAGUCUGCGACUCGCUGUAUCAAGUGGCUGUGCUCCUUGACAGAGGGGGGGAACACGGGACUCUCCAUGUAAGAUGCGACAGAAUUCCGUUCGACUGGCCACAGUUAUUGACAUUUACCAGCCAACUACUCCAAGAGUGCAUCAAGAUAUCAGAAGGACUUCCACGCAUUGAAGGAAUAGGUCAUCUAGCUCGGGCAAACUACAAGCUAUCGCAGAUCCUGAAAGAUCUCGGCAAGGACAGGGAAAGCGCGAUUUUCCUUGAGAGGGCAGUUGCCCUUGGAGAGGAGCUCAACCAGAUCGAUGGAAGUAGCUCUCUGGUCAAAGAUGCAAUAUCUGACUUUGAAAAUCUUGUUCCGUGGAUGUUGUGGUAA